AUGGAGUACACAACAGGUGCUGGAUUGAAUACGUCUAAAUGCUGUUUGCCAAAUACUCGGCGAGACCUUUUGAAGGAUAUUCAGAAUUGGAUCAGCAGCACCGAGGAGGGCGCUCCAUGCAUCUUAUGGUUGUCUGGCACAGCAGGCAAGGGUAAAUCGGCCGUUGCCCAUACAAUAGCCAACUGGUAUAUCGAAAACAGUGGUCUUGGCUCAUGUUUCUGCUUCGAUCGCACUUGGCAAGCGGAUCGCCGUCGAGACAAAAUAUUCACGACCAUCGCAAGAGAAUUAGCGGACUGCAAACCUAUCGUGCGACGAGCCUUGGCGCAAGCAGUUCGUGACCACGACGGACUCAAGUGCACUCCAGAUAUCACAAAACAGUGGCAGGAACUCAUCAUAGGGCCAAUGAGCAUAGCCUCAAAAGCCAUUGCUGCACCCAUGCUCAUUGUCAUCGAUGCGUUGGAUGAGAGCGGUGAAACUGAUUCUCGGGAAGUCUACUCGCUGGAAAACUGA